AUGCGCCAUCUGCGAGUGCUGGACUUGGGCGGCGGCAACUCGACGCUGGCGCACCGCCUGUGCGAGGCGCUCAAUGGCAACGGCCGUGUCGUGAGCAUCGACAUUAGCGACACGUGCAUUCACUUGAUGCAGACCGCGUACCCGUCCAAAGUGCAAUACCUCUGCAUGGACGCACGGGACAUGGAAUUUCAGGACAGCUCGUUUGAGAUCGUGCUCGACAAGAGCACGAUGGACGCGAUCGUGUCGCCCGGCAACGCAGCGGCAGCGCAUGCGGCGAAGCGCAUUCUGCGCCAAGUCGCUCGGGUCUUGUGGCCCAACGGCUUGUUUCUUAUGAUCUCGGUGCAUCCGUGGAGCUACUGGCGCCCGCUCGUGGCCAGCGCCGCGCCAUCUCUCGAGCAUGCCGAAGAGCGAACGCAGAGCGUCGUGCUGUCCUCAAACCGCCACCCGAUCCUCGUCUUUGUCAACGCUCUUCGGAAAACGUCAGCUUAG